AUGGUUCCACUAAAUCUUCUUGUCAAUCCAGGUGCUGAAUUAUCUGGUCUGGCUGGUUGGACACAAAAUGGUGCGUCUGCUGUACUUCAAGACACGGGAGGUCUUUUAUACUCCGGCUACAAUCCACGCACGGAAAGUGCUUCGUUUGCAGGUGGUUAUGGAUUGGGUGGAUCAUCGUCAAGUCUCUUACAGAACGUGAAUUUGCUCAACGGAAUUGAAAAUUAUACAGCAGCGCAGCUGGAUGCCGGAACUUUACAGGUUGAAGUAGCAUUUUACUAUCAAACUUAUUACGAUACUUUCCUUCCGUAUGAUGAUACUGUAGUGACAAUUACAUUUCGUGCGGCUAACAAUACGAUUGAUUGA